CCGCAACCCCGCCCGUCUCUCUCCCCACCGUCCGCCGCCGGCCAUCCCCGCCCGCCCAGGCAUUAACCCCACGCCAGCCGCCCCCGUGCAGACGCUCGGCAGGGCGGCGCGUCGUCGCCCACCCUCGUCGUCGCCCAGCCUCGGGUAGGGCGGCGCCCAUCCGCGCCCAGGCCGGCGCCGGCCGUCCCUGCCCCGGCAGGCGUCGGCCGGCCCCGCCCCUCCCCGCCCGUCUCCGCCACUCGACACCGCCGGAUUUCGUCGCCCUUCCCCGCCCAGGCCGGCGCCGCUCGUCCCCGGCGGACGUCGAGGACCGUCCCCGUCGGCCCGUCCCUCCCCGCCCAAGCUGUCGGCGCUCGUCCCCGCCGGCGUUCCCCACCCGUCCUCGCCCGGCGCUGGCCGUCGAUACCCGCCGACGCCCGAGUUCCCGCGGCUGCGAUCCUAAGCAAGCACCAGAAUGGAUUCGGGACGGGAGGUCGAGGAUGAGUGGUUCGGCGGCGACUACGACGGCACUGCUGCGACGAAUGACGGCCUUGAUUUCUUCAAUCAGGCCCCCAGCUUCCACACGGCGCCUUUGCACUCCGGCGGUCAUCGCAGCUUUUCUCGUCACGGAGCAGCUGCCGUGCAGGGCCUGGACCUCAACUCACAGGCCAUGGACAUCACCGACAACAUGUCAUGCAUGGAUACCUUGCGCUCAUCUCCCGACGGUGUCGUGAUGGAGGGCAACCGCAGCGGCGCUGGACGUGGUGCCGGUCAUGCCGCUGGACGUGGUGCUGGUCAUGGUGCCGGGGCUGUUCGUGGUACUGGCCGUGCGACUUUGGCACCAACCAGUGUGGUGGCAGACCACGACAUCCGUGUCUCUUCUCGGCCAAGCGGAGGUGCACGAGGACGUGGUCGUGCCGCGCCGAGUUGUCCUCCUGCUGCCACUUCGUCAUGCCAAUUCCGACCACCUCGUCCGGCUGGAGGUCAAAGCAAUACAGGUGUCGCAACUCAUGGUGUCGCCGACGCCACCUUCGAUGGUGGCCUUCACGAUCCUGCCGAAUUCAAUUGGAGCCAGGACCCCUACGACGAAGACGACGAUGAUGUUCAGGAGAUCGAAGAAACGAGGGAUGAUCUAUUUGACAAAGCUGACUGGAGCAACAACGCCAAUAAUUCUGCAUUUUGUGAGCUUUGCGUUGAGGAAAUUAGAGCAGGGAACACAAACAAUGGACACAUGACCAACAGGGGUUACACCAACAUAGCUGCAAAAUUUGAAGAGCGACAGGGCUACGUCACUCUAAACGACAGUUUAAGAACAGAUAGGAUGCCCUUAGGCGCAUGUAUACCUUUUGGUUGUGGCUGAACAAACAAAGUGGACUUGGACGGAGUGGGGGCACGGUUGUGGCAGAUGAUGCUUGGUGGAAAAAGCACACUAAGGGUCAUAUGGAUUGAGGUCAACAAAUAAGAUGAGUUCCAUUGAGUCGUUAGCUAUGUUUCUGUGGAUCAUUGGAGCACCACAAUCAAUUAGACAGGCUGAAAAUCGGUUUGAGAGGUCAACCGAGACAGUCAGUAGGAAAUUUGAAUAAUGCUUGGAUAGUGUGUUUAGACUCUCUGAUGAUAUUGUGAAACCAAGAGAUCCUCAAUUUCGAACAGUGCAUCCUAGACUGCAGAGUCCUCGUUUCUCUCCACACUUUGAUAAUUGCAUUGGAGUUAUAGAUGGGACACAUAUACCGGUUGUUGUUCCGUCAUCGAAGUUGCUUCAGCAUGUGGGUCGAUAUGGUUACACGACUCAGAACGUUUUGGCUGUUUGUGACUUCGACAUGGGGUUCACCUUUGCGGUUGCCGGUUGGCCUGGUUCUGUACAUGAUAUGUGGGUCUUUAAUGAUGCCAUAAACAAAUACAGUGAUAAGUUCCCUCAUCCGCCGCAAGGAAAAUUUUAUCUUGUGGACUCGGGAUACCCUAAUCGUCCUGGUUAUCUUACACCAUACAAGGAAAUGAAGUACCAUUUGCUGGAAUUUCGACAAGGUCCAAGACCAAGAGGAAAGAAGGAGGCGGGACCGGUGCAUAUGGAUCAGAUCAAGUCAAUCCAACCACACCCGAUGCGGAAGAGUAGACCACGCCCGCGUGGGCCCUCUCGUCAGUGAACUCCGACCGCUCCUCGGCCCCGCUCAGCCGUCGCCGCCGCCGCUCCACCAGCCGGCGGCUGCUACCAUGUUCCGCGGCAGCUCCGCCUCCGUAUUCCUAGGCGUCGAUGUCGGCAUCGGUAGCGCUCGCGCAGGUAUCUUUGAUCAGAAGGGCAAGUUGCUGGGGUCAGCGAGCAGUCCUAUGCAGAUAUGGAAAGAGAAAGAUUGUAUUGAGCAAUCGUCGACGGAUAUCUGGCAUGCAGUCUGUGCCGCUGUGAAAUCUGCUUGCUCGCUGGCAAAUGUUGCUCCUGAGGAUGUAGCCGGCCUUGGUUUCACCGCUACUUGCUCCCUUGUCGCUGUUGAUGCUGAUGGUUCCCCUGUGUCGGUUUCUUGGAGUGGUGAUACAAGGAGGAAUAUCAUUGUGUGGAUGGACCAUAGAGCGGUGAACCAGGCAGAGCGAAUCAAUGCUAGCAAUUCACCAGUAUUGCAAUACUGCGGUGGUGGUGUUUCCCCAGAAAUGCAGGCUCCAAAGCUCUUAUGGGUGAAGGAAAAUCUGCAAGAGUCUUGGUCCAUGGUUUGUAGGUGGAUGGACCUCAGUGACUGGUUAGCAUAUAGAGCAACAGGUGAUGACACCCGCAGCUUAUGCACAACUGUCUGCAAAUGGACAUAUCUUGGACAUGCACACAUGGAACAGUGGAAAGAAUCUGAUUCACGUGAUAUGGAGGCAUGUGGAUGGGACAAUGUUUUUUGGGAAGAAAUAGGGUUGGGAGACAUUGUCGAAGGAAAUUGUGCAAAAAUAGGACGCAGUGUUGCUUUUCCUGGCCACCCUCUUGGUUCUGGUUUGACAGCUACUGCUGCAAAGGAAUUAGGCUUGCUUCCUGGUACGCCUGUUGGAACUCCACUUAUUGAUGCUCAUGCUGGUGGAGUUGGAGUCAUGGAAAGCAUACCAGAUGGAGAAUUUAAAGCUGACUUGCCUGAUGAAGAAGCAAUAUGCCAUCGGAUGGUAUUGGUCUGUGGGACAUCUACAUGCCACAUGGCUGUCUCAAAGAACAAAUUGUUUGUUCCUGGUGUCUGGGGAUCAUUUUGGUCUGCAAUGGUACCUGAGUUCUGGCUCACAGAAGGUGGCCAAAGUGCAACCGGUGCUUUACUUGAUUACAUUACUGAAAACCAUGUUGCUGCUCCUCUUCUUUCUAAGCGUGCUUCUUCUCAAAGUAUAUCCAUAUAUGAACUACUGAACAAGAUGUUGCUUUCAAUGUCGCAUGAGAAAAAUAGUCCUUUUCUUUCAGCAUUGACUCAAGACAUCCAUGUCCUUCCAGAUUUUCAUGGAAAUCGGCGGGACCGGUGCAUAUGGAUCAGAUCAAGUCGAUCCAACCACACCCGAUGCGGAAGAGUAGACCACGCCCGCGUGGGCCCUCUCGUCAGUGAACUCCGACCGCUCCUCGGCCCCGCUCAGCCGUCGCCGCCGCCACCGCCGCCGCUCCACCAGCCGGCGGCUGCUACCAUGUUCCGCGGCAGCUCCGCCUCCGUAUUCCUAGGCGUCGAUGUCGGCACCGGUAGCGCUCGCGCAGGUAUCUUUGAUCAGAAGGGCAAGUUGCUGGGGUCAGCGAGCAGUCCUAUGCAGAUAUGGAAAGAGAAAGAUUGUAUUGAGCAAUCGUCGACGGAUAUCUGGCAUGCAGUCUGUGCCGCUGUGAAAUCUGCUUGCUCGCUGGCAAAUGUUGCUCCUGAGGAUGUAGCCGGCCUUGGUUUCACCGCUACUUGCUCCCUUGUCGCUGUUGAUGCUGAUGGUUCCCCUGUGUCGGUUUCUUGGAGUGGUGAUACAAGGAGGAAUAUCAUUGUGUGGAUGGACCAUAGAGCGGUGAACCAGGCAGAGCGAAUCAAUGCUAGCAAUUCACCAGUAUUGCAAUACUGCGGUGGUGGUGUUUCCCCAGAAAUGCAGGCUCCAAAGCUCUUAUGGGUGAAGGAAAAUCUGCAAGAGUCUUGGUCCAUGGUUUGUAGGUGGAUGGACCUCAGUGACUGGUUAGCAUAUAGAGCAACAGGUGAUGACACCCGCAGCUUAUGCACAACUGUCUGCAAAUGGACAUAUCUUGGACAUGCACACAUGGAACAGUGGAAAGAAUCUGAUUCACGUGAUAUGGAGGCAUGUGGAUGGGACAAUGUUUUUUGGGAAGAAAUAGGGUUGGGAGACCUUGUCGAAGGAAAUUGUGCAAAAAUAGGACGCAGUGUUGCUUUUCCUGGCCACCCUCUUGGUUCUGGUUUGACAGCUACUGCUGCAAAGGAAUUAGGCUUGCUUCCUGGUACGCCUGUUGGAACUCCACUUAUUGAUGCUCAUGCUGGUGGAGUUGGAGUCAUGGAAAGCAUACCAGAUGGAGAAUUUAAAGCUGACUUGCCUGAUGAAGAAGCAAUAUGCCAUCGGAUGGUAUUGGUCUGUGGGACAUCUACAUGCCACAUGGCUGUCUCAAAGAACAAAUUGUUUGUUCCUGGUGUCUGGGGAUCAUUUUGGUCUGCAAUGGUACCUGAGUUCUGGCUCACAGAAGGUGGCCAAAGUGCAACCGGUGCUUUACUUGAUUACAUUACUGAAAACCAUGUUGCUGCUCCUCUUCUUUCUAAGCGUGCUUCUUCUCAAAGUAUAUCCAUAUAUGAACUACUGAACAAGAUGUUGCUUUCCAUGUCGCAUGAGAAAAAUAGUCCUUUUCUUUCAGCAUUGACUCAAGACAUCCAUGUCCUUCCAGAUUUUCAUGGAAAUCGGUCUCCCAUGGCUGAUCCAAAAUCCAAAGGGGUGAUUUAUGGCUUGACACUCGAUACAAGCGAGAAGCAUUUGGCUCUUCUGUACCUAGCAACCAUUCAGGGCAUUGCUUAUGGUACUCGUCAUAUCGUGGAGCACUGUAAUGCUCAUGGACACAAGAUCGACACUCUUCUUGCCUGUGGCGGACUUGCAAAGAACUCUAUUUAUAUCCAAGAACAUGCAAAUAUUGUCGGAUGCCCUAUAAUACUUCCUAGAGAGAACGAGCCUGUGCUUUUGGGCGCUGCUGUUUUGGGUGCUGUUGCUGGCAAGAAGUUUCCUGGUGUUCGCGAUGCAAUGAAAGCGCUUAACGCAGCAGGGAAGGUUGUAAAUCCGUCGUCAGAUCCUAGAGUGAAGAAAUACCAUGAUGCGAAAUAUCAGAUAUUCAGGUCCCUGUAUGAGCAACAACUCUCUCAUCGAUCAACCAUGGCGCAGGCAUUGCAGUAGGGUUCUAUGACCACGUGUCACUUCUCUGCUAUGAAAGCCCUGGGUUUCAUCACCAUGCUUUCUUGGAUUAUUUACAUGAAAAUGGUAUCGCCUCUAUUGAUAGAAGUGAUGAUAAAAUGCCUGUAUGAAUAGUAGAAAGCAGGGCAAGAUGAUCCUUUUCGUAGGAAUGGGGAAUCCACAAGUUUGUGUGAUGUUAAUAAAGAAGGGAGGUUGAUAAACGCUUGCUUUGCAAAUCAAUAAAGAUAUAUCUCGUGGUUAAAGUGCA